UUUAUAAACGCACCACAAUUUUCUUCUGUUCUAGAAAAAGUCAUUUUUCUCUGAUUUCCGUCUCUCUCGCAGAAAAUUUGAUAUGGCCGGAGACGGCGGCGAAGAAGGUCAGUCGAUUCAAACCACGCCGACGUGGGCGCUGGCGACGGUUUGUUUCGUGCUGAUUUCGAUUUCCAUUCUCAUCGAGCACGGCCUUCAUCUCCUCGAGAAGUUCCUGGAGAAGAAGAAGAGAAAAGCUCUGAUUCGGGUUCUAAACAAAGUUAAAUCAGACUUGCUCCUUUUAGGGUUUAUCUCCUUGCUGAUUCCUGUGUGCGAGAAAAUAAUACCCAAAAUCUGCAUACCGGAGGGAGUUGCCAAGUCGUUUCUUCCUUGCAGCGAUUCCGCCAUUGACGAAGAGGUCGUAGCUAAAUGCCUGAAACAGGGGAAGAUCUCCUUGAUGUCUGCAAAUGGUUUUCAACAGCUUCAGUUACUGAUAUUUUUCCUUGCGUUCUUCCAUGUUCUCUCCGGCUUCCUCAUAUUCAGCCUCGGAAUGGCAAAGAUGAAGCAAUGGCAACACUGGGAGGCAGAAACCAAAACUCUCGAAUAUCGAUUCGCAAAUGAUCCAAGACGAUUCCAGUUCAUCCACCAGACAUCAUUUGGGAGGCGACACCUUAAAUCUUGGUCGGAACACAAAGCGCUGCGUCUGCCGGUUAACUUUCUCCGGCAAUUCUACGGAUCAGUCUACAAAGUCGACUACCUUACACUUCGCCAUGGAUUCAUCGCAGCGCAUUUCUCCGAAGAUAGCAGCUUCGAUUUCCAGAAGUAUCUUCUACGAGCACUCGACAAAGAUUUUACCAUGGUUGUCGGCAUACGUCUUUGGCUAUGUGUCUUCUCAGUACUCUUCUUCUUCUUCAAUGCUUAUGUGUUCCAUGACUAUGCUUGGCUUCCUUUCAUCCCAUUUGUGAUGCUACUGGUAGUCGGGACGAAGCUGCAAAGUAUCAUUACAAAAAUGUGCUUAGACAGCAGCCAAAAAUCCCAUGUUAUCACCGGAACUCCCCUCGUCCGCCCCAGCAACCAUUUCUUCUGGUUUGAUCAACCGCGCCUUUUCCUCCACCUCAUGCAUUUCAUCUCAUUUCAGAACUCAUUCCAACUAGCAUUCUUCUCGUGGUCUUGGUACAAAUUCGGGCUGCGAUCAUGCUUCCACCAUACCACUCUAAGCAUCGCCGUCAAGCUAACGAUGGGAGUGAUUGUGCUCGUUCUAAGCGGAUACGUUACUCUCCCUCUAUACGCCUUAGUCACUCAGAUGGGCACUUCCAUGGCGGAAUCCGUGUUCCCGGAUGGAGUAAACCAAGGUCUAAAACGAUGGCGCGCCAAAGCCAGGCGCAACGUCGCUGUAAGAAGCAACAGGCCAUUGCUAGCUUCCGCGAACAACGAUGCAUCGGUCGAGUCUCUGUCUUCUUUAACUACACUGGAUGAUGCCUCUGCCUCUGAAGAUGGAGAUUACUCGAGUGAUGAAAGUGCAGAAUGGAGUAAUGAAGAGAUCAGAGGUGAGAGAUACAGCCAGAAUUCAGAAUCCUUCCACGGCUUCGACGUGAGCAAACCAGAGCAUGCUUCAUAAGGUGAGAACCAAUUUUUAGCUGUAUAUAUAUAUAUACAUGCACUGUCAUCAUCUUUAUUGUGAAAUCAAAUUGGGUGUGUAUCUUUAAAAUAUUAAUUUAUUUAUUUUUAAAAUUGUCUAUUUAUGUUAGGUCAAUUUACUCAGUGUAAUUGAGAUAUUUAGGACCCGUUUGAAUUGACUUAAAAAAUAAG